AUGCAUAUGUUGUUUCAUGUCAUCCUAUUGUUCUGUUCAAUUGUCGCAAAUUCGCGAGGCACUCUACUCUACACUAACAAAUCUACCAUCAACAAACAAUUUCACAAAUUCGAUCAUACACUUCAUCUCUAUUCCCAAUACCGAGAUGACAUCACACUAGUUGUUGUCGGUAUUGGCCACGAACCUCGGCGUUUCGAUCUUCAACCUACGCCGAACGAUGUAAAAAUGAUCAACGUCGAAAAUGUGACUUCGCCGUGCAACCGGUGUUCGGUUCCGUUGGCCUCUCUGUUCGAGAAUGAUUCAUACAUGUUGGCUCAGGAAGCUCCACUGAUAUUAAAGAAGAACCCACCACCCACCCUCCACGACGGCAUCCACCCCACCCAACUGGACUGCCAGGCCACCGGGGCAGAGCCCAUCACGUGA